UGUCACGAGCGACCAAUGAAUGUAAGCACCGGUAAUAUUUGAACAACAAGCCUUUCGUGAAAACAUACCAGUAUCGCUAACGUUAAAGUAAUUUAACAUGGAUGCUGUUAGCGCGGAACAUACGAAACUAUACUUUUAUGAAAAUAGAUUACAAACUUAUUCGGGAUGGCCAUUUGAGGAGGACUGCAUUUGCACUCCGGAGAAUAUGGCUAAAGCUGGCUUUAUUCACACGCCCACCGAGAAUAGUCCGGAUGUAGCGCAAUGCUUUUUCUGCUACAAAGAACUGGAGGGAUGGGAGCCUGAAGAUGACCCAGUGAAGGAACACAAAUCACAUUCCCCUGCCUGCAAUUUCAUCUUGCUAGAGAAGUCAGUAAAUGAACUCACAGUGGAAGAACUACUCAAAUUGCAGAAGGAACGACAGAAAUAUCUCAUUAAAAAGACCUGCAAUCAAGUAAUUGAAAAAUUUGAAGAAGCUGCGAAAAAAAGAAGAGGGGACAUUGUCAAAAAGGCAAUAGAUAUAGCCCAGUGUCAGAUAUCAACGUACACAUACUCCUCCAUAUCUCUACCCCCUCAUCUCUGGGAACCAACCUACAAGAGCAUCAAGAGUCCAGACUGUGUGACGUCUAAAGGUUUUUAAGACCCAACACUUUGUCCAUGGAACAUGAGGUUUAUUGAAUACAAGUCGAUUAUAUUUAGCAUGCAAAGGAAUGAUCUGUUACAAUUU